AUGUCUUUUAACAACCACGCCGCCUACAGUCCGACCGCGAUGUCAUCUUCAACUGCACCUUCUGGCCUGCCAAACAGCCUCCUAUCGACAUCUAUAUCCUCUCUAGCUUCUUCUACCUCCUCACGGCAUCCUUCCCAGAUUUCGAAGACCUAUCGACAGGCUUCUACCUUGUUCCUCACGCGUCGUUUGCCCGAAGCGCUGACGACACUACUCCCGUUGAUUACUCCACCCGAACAUGUUGACGACGGCGAACCUGCGCCAGUUGCUCGAGCAUCAAGAACGACUCGCAUUAAGGUCUGGAGCCUGUAUCUCACCAUCCUUAAUGGUAUUGUCGAGUUAGAGCCCGAAGAGGGCAAGGAUGCUUUUGGAAACCAAGAAUGGAGAGCCUUGUGUACCAAAGUUCGCGAAGGAGAAAUAUGGGACGAGGUAGUCAUGAAUGGCUACCAUGGAGUGGAGGGCGAUGUUGACUCCGACGUAGUCAUUAAUCUCGCGACAAUAUUGUUGGCACAUGCCCGUGACCAGAAGCUUAACCAGCACAAACUCGAGGCCUAUCUGGCCGCCUCCAACACACCGAAUCUUGAUGUCGCCGGGCGGCUCGCUGAAUCAACGAGCUCGCCUAUGUCGAAUCGAUAUCGAUCUCCUGCGAAGGGGGCGAGUGGCGCCAACACUCCUAGAGACCUAAAUGCUCGUGUCAAGAUUCUGGAGUUAUACACCCUCCAUGUCCUCUUACGCAAUAACGAAUGGGAUUAUGCUCGUGAAUUCAUCAGCGUCAGCUCAGUCCUAGACGAAGAGCGCCGCGAAGCCUUCCUACAGGCACUGCAAAGCCUCCACGAUGAACAGCAAGAACAGGAAAGACUUGAGAAUGAGGAGCGCCAACGACAGGAGAAUGAGCUGAAGAGAGAAAUAGAGGAGGCAAAGAGGCUACGCGCCGAGAAUGAAGAGAAGGAAAGAAAGCGGAUAGAAGAGGAGCGUCUGAAGCGCGAAGGGAGCGAGGUUGAUUACGGGAUUGACGAUACAGCUAGCCAUACUGGGUCAACUCGGCCUCGGAAGGCCAGAGCUCCAUCAUCUUCGUCGUCGAGGCAGUCAAGGUCUCGAGGGACGAAUCAAGCAGGCCCCAAGGCAAAUGGCAAAGCAGUCUCGCAGGCCCCAAACCUUACAUCACGCGCUUCCGUGGUUAUCACGCAACUGCGGACUAUUAUCGAACAUUUGGGCUCUUCACUAAACUCUAACCCAAUGUUCCUAUUCAAAUUUCUGGCGUUUGUUAUGGGUUUGAUUCUCAUGUUGAGUAACACCAACAUUCGGGAGAGAGUGAAGAGAAUGAUGGCGGUCUUUUGGUCUAAGGUCAAGGGCACAGCUGGAAUGGGGGUGAAGAAUAACUGGGAGGAGUAUUGUCAGCAACCUGCUGCCAAGCCAGAAUACAAUCGUCCAGGGACUACUCACAUCUGUUCUCGAACUGCCAAGGUUUAUAAUCUUAGGACAUCCGUCGCGAUCCUUUUCAAGGCGUGUACAUUCGAAACAGUAGAACGCGUCCGAGAUGCCUUCACCACCGCACACAACGCACUUAUUCUGAUAGUUGCCGAAACUGCAUUCGUCACAAAUGCGCACGAGUGUCGUGGGCCGAACGUAGGAGUCGCAAACUGGGCAUUUUCCAUCGCACUUGUCACAGAGACGACCGAUGGCGAUACCGGCCUGUUUGCGACACAUAACAAGAUCGCUGCGCGACAGUCAGUUGAGCUGCUAUCACAAAGACAGAACCAAUGGUUACUUACGGAUGAUGGCGAGACAUGGCUAUGGCAAUGUGGGGAAACAAUGCUCCAUGCCUUGGAUGAUACCAAAGCAGACCACGAGCAACAGAACGAUACACUGUCCGAGUAUGCACCGGAAAAAGACUCCAUGAAAAGAAAGGCUUCAAUAAACGCCGGCGAACUCUCCCCGAAAAGAACGAAACAUGACGAAUAUUUUCGCGAAGCACCAAGCGAACCACGGAAGAGGAACUCAUCUACAAACCGCCACAAUUCAUAUGGAGAUCCUCCAGACAUCGACAUAGAUCGCCGUAAAAACGCGACGCAAGAAGAGAAGAGACGCGGGAAGCGGUUAUUCGGGGGUCUUCUCAGCACUCUGAGCCAGACAAGUGGCAGUGUACAGCAGAAGCGCCGUUUGGAGAUAGAACGCAGACAACAGGACCGGUUACAAAAGCAGAAUAUUGAGGAAGAUAGGCUGCGUGAGGAGAAACGACUACGACUCACUGAGAUUCGAAGAGGCGAACAACUGACGUUUGAUGAGGAGGUUAUCCGGCAAACGAAGGUCACAAUAGAACGCGAAAUUGAAAGUUUGAACGCAAGAAAAGGGCGACAGGCGAAAGGAGGAAGACAACCGUUAGAGACAACAGCACCGUCAAGGGAGGACAUAGAUCACGACUCCGCAGACACGAAUGGGCCUGGAAAAUUGCCACAUGCUCAAGAGAAGCCGAUUCAGGCGUCUAAUCAUGACCAUCAUCACGAUGAGUCGGUAGAUGUAUUGGAGGAAGCUGAAGAAGAUAUGGUGAUUUACUGA